UGGCAAUUUAGGUGUGGUCAAAAGAUUUACAUUUCUCUUUGACGACAGCUGCUAAAUGAAGUCAGUCAAGAUUAUGGCUUUAUGUCCAUAAUGAAGUUUAUAAUUUUUUUCUUCAACUUGCCUUUUGUUUACUCAGAGCUACACACAUUUGUGGUUACAUACACAGCAAUGGGAAACCAGACGUUUUUUGCAGCAGCGACACUGGAUGGACAACAGAUUGGUCAUUAUGACAAAAAUACGAAGACACUGGUUCCAAAACAGGACUGGAAUGAGCAAAUUAAAUCUAAAACACCUUGGAAAGUAGACACAUUGAUUGAAACGGUGCAAAGGACAUACAACAACAAUAUGCAUGACCUAAUUGAGCAAUUUCCUCAGUCAAAUGGUGCUCAUACAUAUCAGGGGAGGCAUGGAUGUUCCUGGGAAGAUAAAACCAAUUACCAUGAUGAGUUUCAUGAUUAUGCAUAUGACGGAGAUGAUUUUAUCACACUAGAUGUGAAGAAAAUCAAAUACAGAGCAUCUGUAUCAAAGGCAAAAUAUAUAGUGAAGAAGUGGAACAAUGACAGAGAACAGAAUAAAACACUAAAAGAGUACUAUAAACUUGGAUGUAUUUACUGGCUGAUAGAGUUCUUAGUUUUCACUAAAAAUGCCUUUGGAGGAACAGCGCCGAAAAUGUUUCUGUUGCAGAAGAGCCCAAAUUCAGAUGUGAAAUGUCAUGUCACAGGGUUUUACUCCAAUAACAUUGUCAUAUUGUGGAUGAAGAAUGGACAGGAAGUAAGCAAUUCAGCUUUGUUAAAGUCUGGAGAAAUUUUGCCAAAUGAAGAUGGAACCUUCCAGAGAACUGUAACUCUAAGAGUUUCUUUACAAUACUGGAGGAAGGAGCAGUACACUUGUGUGGUGAGGUACAUGGAAAAGACCAUUCGGAGGAAUUUGACUGAGGAGGAGAUCAAGAGUAACUACAGUGAGAUGAGUAUUACUGCAUCAGAUUCAUCAACAUCAAUUCUUGUACCUAUUAUUGUGGUAGUUUUGGUUGUAUCACUGAUUUUGUGGUGGAUGAGUUGUCACCAGAAUUGCAGACUGGGACAGUGUUUUCACCUGGAAAAUGCCAACUAAGCUGCGGCGAUUGACUACAAGAAGCGGUGUAAAUCCCCUGUGAAAAGUCUACCAAUUACAAAAUUAAAGCCCCUUCUGUGCAGACAGCCAAACAAGAAAGACACACCAUCACUUCUCAGAAUCCUCUGAGUUUCUCACUGAUUGAGUGAUUUUCCCAUUGUCUGUUUAGGAAAGCAAUGUUUUCUGAAGCUGCUCUUAAAAAGUCAAUGUGGGUUUAUUCAUAGAGGUUGAACAUAUAUUAACAGUCAAAAGUUUGGGAUCAGUAUGAUUUUGACAAUGCA